AUGGCCAUCACAAAAUCGCCGAAAACGCGAUUUCGGUGCAUUGGAUUCUUCGCCGGCAAAACGCGGCUUCGCGAUACCUUCUUCCGGCUCUCCGACCCAUGGCUUGAUUCACUCCCGUUCCUCCCUGCCCAGCGGCCGCGUCCUCUAACGCCAGCCGUCUCGGAGCAAUCCCCGGCCACUCUCGGCACGUUGGCUCGACUGCCUCCCGAGCUACGCCGGCGUACCCUGACGGCAGCCUUUGGGAGCCGCACAUUGCAUUUGGACAUGCAAUUCGCACCCCCACGGCGCGCUUCGGCGUGCGACCGCUUGACGCCAGAUUUUGACGCCAGCACCGCGCCCGUUCACGGCUUCGGCGUGUCGCCGUUUGUCGGAACCGCUACGAGGCAAACGAAGGGGAAAAUGACAGCCUCCAGGGUGUCUAUCACCAGCCACAUGGUUCACGUUCCAACACCGUUGAGCCCCUACUACUUCCCCGCAGACGACGCACCCCGUGCCUGGCGGUGGACCAAUUGCGUGUGCCAUCGCAUGUUCCCACCUGGCUCCCGGUGGGAGCGCCAUGCCCUGGCGAGAGAUGGUUAUCACUAUCCCCCUGGACCUCACACCGAUAAAUGUCUCCGGGGCGAGGCCAUGUACUGCUUUUUGUGGCCGCCCGAGAUGAUCGCGGCUCCAGGAAAAUGCAAGGUCGGCGCGAUGGGGUGGCUGCUGGCGUGCCGGCAGGCUUACCUCGAGGGCAUUGAGGUUCUCUAUUCUACAAACAUGUAUUCCAUCGAGAGUGACGUCCUCUUCAGCCACCUCGUCAUCUGA